AUGGCUUGGUGGGAUUUAAGACCCUUGUUUCGUUUUCAAUCUAUAACCACCCGUUUUCAGGAUUUAUCGAGAAGGAGGCCGGGGUUCUCUGCUAUGACUAGUGCUCACUUUUCAUCCAUUAAUUCUCCACUGAUAGACAAAAAGAGUGAAGAGGAAUUCGGGCAGCGGGAAGUCCAGCUUGAUUCACACACUAUGAGUUCUCAUGGAUAUGCAGUUGCUAGAAUACACAUGCAUGAUUGGUUCAUGCUAUUGCUCCUUGUUUUGAUUGAAAUCACCCUAUACAUGAUCCAUCCUUUCUAUCGCUUUGUUGGGAAGGAAAUGAUGACUGAUCUCAAAUAUCCUCUCAAGAGUAAUACAGUUCCUGUCUGGGCUGUUCCUAUGCUUGCAAUUGUAUUGCCUGUCGUGAUCUUUCUCGUUGUUUAUUUCCGAAGGAGAGAUAUCUAUGAUCUUCAUCAUGCCGUAUUAGGUCUCUUGUUCUCCAUUUUAGUAACAGCGGUGAUAACUGAUGCGAUAAAAGAUGCAGUUGGGCGACCUCGACCAGACUUCUUCUGGCGGUGUUUUCCAGAUGGAAAGGAUGUUUAUGAUAAAUGGGGAGAUGUCAUUUGUCAUGGCGACAAGAAAGUCAUAAAGGAAGGACAUAAGAGUUUCCCAAGCGGUCAUACUUCAUGGUCAUUUGCUGGUCUGGGUUUUUUAUCGUUGUACUUGUCUGGAAAAUUAAAAGCAUUUGAUCGCAAAGGUCACGUUGCAAAACUUUGUAUUAUUUUUCUACCACUACUUGCUGCAUCACUUGUUGCUGUUUCUCGAGUUGAUGACUACUGGCACCACUGGCAGGAUGUGUUUGCUGGAGGUCUUAUAGGGCUUGUAGUUGCUACUUUUUGCUAUUUGCAGUUUUUUCCCCCUCCUUAUCACCAUGAAGGUUGGGGUCCUUAUGCUUAUUUUAAGAUGUUGGAAGAAUCACGAGGUGUGGCAGGAGGUCUUAAUGCUCAAAAUGGUAGUCGAGCUCAAUCUGAGAACCAAGAAGGACAAAGUCAACAUGGAUGUAUAGGGCUAUCUUUAGCAGAGAAUCAAACUUCAACAUUAGAAGAUGAACUUGAAUCAGGGAGGAGAUAA